AUGCCUGUGAUCCGUGUCGCAAAAGGAAGUUUAAAUGCGAUGGUCUCCGUCCUGUCUGAUCGCGCUGCAGAGAUCAAGGGCCUUUCCGCAUAUGAAGCACUUGCUGACGCGUUGCAGUAUCGAAAUAUCGUUGAAGACGAUAUUGCUGUUCCAAGGGGAGUUGCACUGCCUGAUUGUGAGGACGAAUUUGCAGCCUCUCCAGUUUCUACUUCCCAACAAUUCCAAGAUUGGGCUCAACCAGUACCCAUUUGUGUCAACAGCACCACAAGCUUCCUUGGAAAAGCUUCCGUCGUCAGAUGGAUUGAAGAACUUACAACAAAAAUGACAGAUUAUUUCGGUCCAGCUAGUUGA